AUGGCAGCUGGAUAUGAGAAAACAGGUGUUGCACCUAGUGAUGUCGGAGACACAAGCAGUUUGAGUUAUGUAAUUCAUGAUGUAGAUCUUGAUCGACAAACUCAACUACUUCAAAAUGAAAUAGAAAGAGAAAUUGCUGCAAGUCAACCAUUAGUAACUGAUAAAAUUCCCACAGCUCAAUUACAAAGUGAAUAUGCAUUAGAUGAUAAAAUCUACCAAGAUAAAGUGGCAGAAUUAAUGAAAAAAUAUAAAUAUAUUCGUCGUACACGAGGCGAUGGAAAUUGUUUCUAUCGUGCAUUUGCUUUCGGCUAUCUUGAAAAAAACUUGAUCAAUAAAAAAGAACUCGACCGAUUUCGACAAUUAACAUACGAUCUAAAAGAUCAACUUGUUAAAUUAGGAUAUCAAGAUUUUACACUUGAAGAUGUACGCAGUGUUGUUAUCGAAAUCAUUGACAAUAUAUCUAAAGAAGGAACCGAACAAAGUUUAAUAGAAAACUUCUGUUCGCCUUCCUAUUCGAAUUAUUUUGUUGCCUACUUACGAUUAUUUGUAUCUGGAUAUCUUCAAAUGAAUCGUGAAUUUGUUGAAAAUUUUAUUGAAGAUGGAAAAAGUAUUAAAGAAUUUUGUUGUACAGAAGUAGAACCCAUGGAACGUGAAUCUGAUAAUAUACAUAUAAUAGCCUUAACUAAAGCAGCUGUUGUUCCAUUACGUGUGAUUUAUAUGGAUCGAAGCCAACAAUCGUCGUUAACUAUACAUGAUUUUGCUGGUACUGAUGAGGGAACUAACGAAAAUUUUGAACCAAUGAUAACCAUGCUUUAUCGACCUGGUCACUAUGAUUUAUUAUAUGAAAAUUAA